UGACGCCUUGUGUAGAAGUUCGUAAACAGAUUUUGCUUUGCUUGCCUGCGGAGGGACAAGAAUUAUGUCAAAACGGAGAAUCGAGGUUGUGGAUCCGUAUAUUAAACGGAAAGCAGAUGGCUCAGCAGCAUCCAAUAGUACAACUACACCUUCAACAGCACCAAAAAAUCAAGUUCAGAUAAAUCCUUAUACUAGUCUACCUUAUACACCAAGAUAUCAUGAAUUUUAUAAAAAAAGAAUCACUCUACCUGUAUUUGAAUACCGUGCUGAUUUUAUGAGAUUAUUAGCACAACAUCAAUGUAUUGUACUUGUUGGAGAAACAGGCUCAGGUAAAACUACACAAAUACCACAAUGGUGUGUAGAAUAUUCAAUGCGUAUUGGCAACAAGGGUGUUGCUUGUACUCAGCCAAGAAGAGUAGCAGCUAUGUCUGUUGCACAAAGAGUUUCGGAAGAGAUGGAUGUUGCAUUAGGCCAAGAAGUAGGAUACAGCAUUCGUUUUGAAGAUUGUAGUUCUCCAAAAACUAUAUUGAAAUAUAUGACUGAUGGUAUGCUUUUACGUGAAGGCAUGUCAGAUCCUAUGCUAGAUGCUUAUCAAGUGAUAUUAUUAGAUGAAGCUCAUGAAAGAACUUUAGCCACAGACUUGCUUAUGGGUGUGUUAAAAGAAGUGAUUAAACAAAGACCAGAUUUGAAACUUGUGAUUAUGAGUGCAACUUUAGAUGCUGGAAAAUUUCAACAGUAUUUUGAUAAUGCACCUUUAAUGAAUGUACCUGGCAGAACUCAUCCUGUUGAAAUUUUUUAUACACAAGAGCCUGAAAGAGAUUACUUAGAGGCUGCUAUCAGAACUGUUACUCAAAUACAUAUGUGUGAAGAAGUAGUAGGAGACUUACUCUUAUUUUUAACUGGUCAAGAAGAAAUUGAAGAAGCUUGUAAAAGAAUUAAACGAGAAAUGGAUAAUUUAGGUCCAGAAGUAGGUGAACUCAAGUGUAUACCACUCUAUUCUACACUGCCUCCAAAUCUUCAACAAAGAAUCUUUGAACCAACACCACCUACAAAACCUAAUGGUGCUAUUGGUAGAAAAGUAGUAGUUUCGACUAAUAUCGCGGAAACAUCAUUAACCAUCGAUGGUGUUGUUUUUGUCAUUGAUCCUGGAUUUGCAAAGCAAAAGGUAUAUAAUCCCAGAAUCCGUGUAGAAUCUCUUCUUGUAUCACCUAUUAGUAAAGCUUCUGCACAACAAAGAGCUGGUAGAGCUGGUCGAACAAGACCUGGAAAAUGUUUUAGAUUAUAUACAGAAAAGGCAUAUAAAAAUGAAAUGCAAGAUAACACUUAUCCUGAAAUUUUAAGGUCUAAUCUUGGUAGUGUUGUAUUACAAUUAAAAAAACUUGGCAUUGAUGACUUGGUACAUUUUGAUUUUAUGGAUCCUCCUGCACCAGAAACACUUAUGAGAGCUCUAGAACUUCUUAAUUAUUUGGCCGCUUUAGAUGAUGAUGGAAAUCUCACAGAUUUGGGUGCUGUGAUGGCAGAAUUUCCAUUAGAUCCACAAUUGGCAAAAAUGCUCAUCGCAUCUUGCAAUCAUAAUUGUAGUAAUGAGAUAUUGAGCAUUACUGCUAUGUUGUCAGUCCCGCAGUGUUUUGUGAGGCCAAAUGAAUCAAAGAAAGCUGCGGAUGAUGCUAAAAUGCGAUUUGCACAUAUCGAUGGAGACCACUUAACGUUAUUGAAUGUCUAUCAUGCCUUUAAGCAAAAUUUCGAAGAUCCACAAUGGUGUUACGAUAAUUUCGUCAAUUACCGAUCUUUAAAAAGUGGUGAUAAUGUUAGACAACAACUAAGUAGAAUAAUGGAUAGAUUUUGUUUAAAACGUACUUCAACAGAAUUCACAUCAAAAGAUUAUUAUAUUAAUAUUAGAAAAGCUCUUGUAAACGGUUUUUUCAUGCAGGUUGCUCAUUUAGAGAGGACUGGUCAUUAUUUAACUAUUAAAGAUAAUCAAAUUGUACAACUUCAUCCAAGCAGUUGUUUAGAUCAUAAACCUGAAUGGGUAAUUUAUAAUGAAUUUGUGCUUACGACCAAAAAUUAUAUCAGAACAGUUACAGAUAUUAAACCUGAUUGGUUGCUUAAAAUAGCACCACAAUAUUAUGAUUUACAAAAUUUCCCACAAUGUGAAGCAAAGAGGCAAUUGGAAGUAAUUCAAGCAAAAUUAGAUUCAAAACAGUAUCAGGAAGGAUUCUAACCUCUAUAUAUUUUAGCUAUCUUUAUAAAUGGUGUCAAAUGAUUAAUAAUGUGUGACCUGUUUCAUCAGGCACACUAUUCUCACAAACAUAAAGUCAAAACAAUAUAUUAAACAUUGUGAAAUGAUCAAAGGAGUAGUUGUCUGCUCUGUAUUUUCACUUAAAAUAUGUAAAAAAAAGACAAAUUUUAAUGAACAUUUAUAAUUUUGUACAAGCUAUAAUGAAACUUGUACAUCUUUUUGGCUUAUGCCGAAAAAAUUUGAAUGUUUGUAGACAUCGUUUUGUCUUAAUAUGAAACAAAUGAAAUUCGAUCUUUAAUCAGUUAGAAGACACGUGGAAGGCAUAGUUGAUUGAUAAAUGAUUUAUUUAUGUACAUUAAAGAAAAAUUUAGUAACUAAGUAAUUUUAUCAGUAGAAUUUUUGUUGAUCAACGUUUGCACACUCGGAAUGUAAUAUUAGAUAAAAAAAUAGAUUAAUUUUUUUAUUAAAUGUUGAACAAAUACGCCAGAUAAGAUGUAUACAAUGCUUACUAUCGAUAAUCGAAGGACAAUGACCUUACAUAACCUUCAACAUGAAUUAUAUCUGUUUGCCGUUUUUUUCUUAAAAUCAAGUAGUAUUGUUUUUGUGUUAUAUAUUUCACUUUCUAAGUACACAUACAAAAACAUUACAUAUUUAUUAUAAUUUUACAUUUUAAUUAUGAUUAAAAUGUGCAAAUAUCUUAUUUUACGCUAUGUUUUUUUGUUUAUAAUCAAUAUGACUAUAUUAUGAUAAUUUACUUGAA